UCUAAGUUGGCAGUUGCCAUGGAAUCUGUACCCAAAAUGUUGGCUCCCAUUUGCCUGGUGGAAAACAACAAAGAGAAGCUAUUGGUGAACCAGCAAGCGAUACAGAUUCUUGACCAGAUUUCUCAGCCAGUGGUGGUGGUGGCUAUUGUUGGACUGUACCGUACAGGCAAAUCCUACUUAAUGAACCAACUGGCAGGACAGAAUCAUGGCUUCCCUCUGGGAUCCACGGUGCAGUCUGAAACCAAGGGCAUCUGGAUGUGGUGUGUGCCCCACCCCUUCAAGCCAAACCACACCUUGGUUCUUCUGGACACCGAGGGUCUGGGCGAUGUGGAAAAGGGUGACCCUAAGAAUGACUCCUGGAUUUUUGCCCUGGCCGUGCUCCUGUGCAGCUGCUUUGUCUACAACAGCAUGAGCACCAUCAACCACCAGGCCCUGGAGCAGCUGCAUUAUGUGACGGAGCUCACAGAACUAAUUAAGGCAAAGUCUUCCCCAAGGCCUGAUGGAGUAGAAGAUUCCACCGAGUUUGUGAGUUUCUUUCCAGACUUUAUUUGGACUGUACGAGAUUUCACUCUGGAGCUGAAGUUGAACGGUCAUCCUAUCACAGAAGAUGAGUACCUGGAGAAUGCCUUGAAGCUGACUCAAGGCAAGAAUCCCAAAAUUCAAACAUCCAAUUUGCCCAGGGAAUGCAUCAGGCAUUUCUUUCCAAAACGGAAGUGUUUUGUCUUUGACCGGCCAACAAAUGAUAAGAACCUUCUAGCCAAUAUCGAGAAGAUGUCAGAAAAGCAACUGGAUCCCAAAUUCCAGGAACAAACAAACACUUUCUCUUCUUACAUCUUCACGCAUGCAAGGACCAAGACCCUCAGAGAGGGAAUCAUGGUCACUGGGAAUCGUCUGGGAACUCUGGCAGUGACUUACGUAGAUGCCAUCAACAGUGGAGCGGUACCUUGUCUGGAAAAUGCAGUGAUAACUCUGGCCCAGCGUGAGAACUCAGCAGCCAUGCAGAGGGCAGCUGACUACUACAGCCAGCAGAUGGCCCAGCGAGUGAAGUUCCCCACAGACACGCUCCAGGAGCUGCUGGACAUGCACAUGGCCUGUGAGAGGGAAGCCAUUGCCAUCUUCAUGGAGCACUCCUUCAAGGAUGAAAACCAGGAAUUCCAGAAGAAGCUCGUGGAAAUCACAAUGAAUAAGAAGGAGGAUUUCUUGCUGCAGAAUGAAGAGUCAUCUGUUCAGUACUGCCAGGCUAAACUCAAUGAGCUCUCUAAGGCCCUGAUGGAAAGUAUUUCAGCAGGAAGUUUCUCUGUUCCUGGAGGGCACAAGCUCUACAUGGAAACAAAGGAAAGGGUUGAACAGGACUAUUGGCAAGUGCCUGGGAAAGGAGUAAAGGCAAAAGAGGUCUUCCAGAGAUUCCUGGAGUCACAGGUGGUGAUAGAGAAAUCCAUCUUACAGUCAGAUAAAGCCCUCACUAACAAAGAGAAGGCAGUAGCAGUGGAUCGGGCCAAGAUGGAGGCAGCUGAGAAGGAACAGGAACUUUUGAAACAGAAACUACAGGAGCAACAGCAACAGAUGGAGGCUCAAGAGAAGAGUCUCAAGGAAAACAUAGCCCAGCUGAAAGAGAAGCUGCAGAUGGAAAGAGAACACUUACUGAGAGAGCAGAAUAUGAUGUUGGAGCACAAGCUGAAGGUCCAAAAAGAUUUGCUUGAUGAAGGAUUUAGGAAGAAAUCUGAGGAGAUGAAUGUAGAGAUAAGUCAAUUGAAACAUAUGAUCGAUACUACAAAAAAUGAUGAUACUCCCUGGAUUGCACGGACCCUGGACAAACUUGGGGAUGAGCUAACUUCGAUAUUGUCUGCUCCUGCUAAAUUAAUUGGUCAGGUUGUCAAAGGUGUGAGCUCAUUAUUUAAAAAGCAUAAGCUCCUCUUUUAAGGAUAUUAUAAAGUUUCUCACCCUGCCUUUCAGAUUUGGUUUAGUCUCUCAGUACAGAAGAAUAGGAUAAGUCUUCACCUAUUAUUUUCUUCUCUUUCUAAAACCUUCAUGGAGUGGUGGAUCAGGCCAAGAAGAAGGCAUCGUAGUACAUAUAUGCUUUGGCCUAUUUUUGAUCUGUAUUUUUAUUAUAUUCAUUCAGCAAAGUUUUUUUUUUUUUUUUGAGACAAAGUCUCACUCUGUCACCCAGGCUGGAGUGCAGUGAUGCAAUCUCAACUCACUGCAACCUCCGCCUCCUGGGUUCAAGAGAUUCUCCUGCCUCAGCCUCCCUAGUAGCUGGGAUUACAGGUGUAUAUCACCACACCUGGCUAAUUUUUGCAUUUUUAGUAGAGACGGGGUUUUACCAUAUUAGCCAGGCUGGUCUCGAACUCCUGACCUCAAAUGAUCCACCCGCCUCGGCCUUUCAAAUUGCUGGGAUUACAGGCAUGAGCCACCGCACCUGGCCCUCAUUCAGCAAAAUUCUAAACAUAAAAAGUGCUUAUUAGAGGAUAUUAGUGCCUGGCCCAUAUUAGAUAGAACAGAUGCAUAUACGCUUUGAAAAACCAUGUUUAUUUUUAGGAAAUAUAAUUUUGAAAAAUCAUUUACAUAAAAGAGGUCCACUGAGGCAUUGCUUUUAAUGGCAAAAAUCAGAAUGUACUUGAAUGUCCUUCACAUAAGAUUUGUAAGAUAAAUUUUAGUAUGUGUAUGAACUGGAAUAUCCUAUAGCCAGUAAACAAAUUGACAGUGAAGCUCUAUUUUUACUAGUAAAGAAUGGUCUUGAAGAGAUAUUGUAAAAUGAAAAAAAAAAAGUUGUAAAGCAAUGUAGAAUAUCUUUUCACCAAGAAAAAAAUGCAAUUAUUAUAUACAAGCAUGCAAAUAUAUCUCUGGAAAGAUUAAUGAAAGUCUACUAUGAUUGGCUCCUUCUGGGAAGAACCAGGUGAAUGUAGGGGUUGAAGGAACACAUAGUCUUCAUUUUAUAGUCUAUCUUUUGAAUUUUAUAAAGAAAUCUUAUUUUAUCUACUCAGAAAUGAGAAAAUGUAAGAGACAAUGCUAAUAAUAAAAACAAUAAAAAAUAGCAAAAUUGACUAUCAGAUGAUGAAAUUGCUUGUUGCUUCUAGGAAUUACAUCAGUCAGCUUAACGAAGGGUCUAAGACUAAGAUCUGAAUACUAGAAUGCAUAAAAUUUGCAUCCUAUUCUUGUUUUCAUUUUGGCCUGGUUUUUCAAUCCCUUCUAUUUGUUUCAUGACUAAGGCAUACACUUUUUUGUGGCCUUUGAAAUCUCAGCUAUAGUAGCCUCUACUUCCUAUCUCUGAAUUGGAGUUUUAGGUGUUAGAAACACAAGUGUACCAAACAUUACGAUUAAGUACUGAUAAGAGGGAUUCUGCCAACCUUGUAAAGUCAGUAGUGGUCUCUUUGUGGUAGGCUCAGCUAGAAAGGAUAAUGUACCCUUCCAGAACUGAACCCUUUGAUAAGGAAUGAUAGAUCCAGACACAGAGAGGCCUGGUGUGGACCCUUAAUUGUUGAAUCUAAGUAGAUUCAGUUAUAGUAAUGAAUGGCAGACAGCUAGGCCUGACUGAGAGAAUUCUGAAGAUGGUCACUACAGUGGACCAGCCAUAGGGUUAGAUGGGAUGUGGAGAAAAUAAUCAAGUGAAAUAGUACCUCUCAACCAGGAAGUUGAGAGGUAGCCCCGAUACAGUGUCACAUCCAUAGCCUUGAUCUGAGCUAAUUUCAGACCGUGAACUCAACUGAGUGGAGGACAGUAUCCCAGGAAAAGGACACUGCAACUCCAGGACACAAAUACAUGAUAAUGAUUUCCCUCAUUCUUUUUCUAGGAACCUCUGAGGCCAUUUACUAGAUAUCCAUAUACUAGGGAAAUACAAACACCCAAACAUUUUAAGGACUCUUGGAAUCAGGAUUCAAGUUGCCCAUGGUACCCAGAUCAUGGAAAGUCAUCAUAAACUACCUGUUAAAAUAGGGAGACAGGGCAUCGGGCCCAAGUGCAACUUUUUGCAAUAUAGUAUUUGUUUCAAAUUAAAAGUAAAGUUUGUUUGAAGAUGAAUACCUAACUUAUUUUUCUGUACAUCUCCUCAAGAGUAUGUUCAGGCAUAAGAUGUGUUAAAUAAGCUUCUCUUAUAAAUAUAAAACGAUAGGAAGGGGCUGGGCACAGUGGCUCACCCCAGUAAUCUCAGCACUUUGGGAGGCUAAGACAGGCGGAUCAUGAGGUCAGGAGAUUGAGACCAUCUUGGCUAACACGGUGAAAUCCCAUCUCUACUAAAAAUACAAAAAAUUAGCUGGGUGUGGUGGCACAUGCUUGUAGUCCCAACUACUCAGGAGGCUGAGGCAAUAGAAUCACUUGAAGCCAGAAUGCAGAGGUUGCAGCGAGCUGAGAUUGUGUCACUGCACUCCAGCCUGAAUGUCACAGCAAGACUCUGUCUCAAAAAAAAAAAGGAUGAUGCAUGCAUGAUUAUUUUUAAUUGGUAAAAUCUUAUGAAAUUUCCAGAAAUUUCAUGGUAAUAAAAAUAAAAAUUUCAUGGUAAUAAAAUCUCAUGAAAUUUCCAUGGUAAUAGGUAGUUUGAAUUUUCGACCCCAGGUUAAGGUCUCUGAGGUGGUUUAAAGGCUAUGAGGCCAGGCACAGUGGCUCAAGCCUAUAUUCUUAGCACUUUGGGAGGAUGAGGUAGGCAGAUCACUUGAGGUCAGGAGUUCGAGACCAGCCUGGCCAACAUGGCAAAGCCCUGUCUCUACUAAAAAUACAAAAAUUAGCCAAGUGUGGUGGCACAUGACUGUAAUCCCAGCUACUCAGGAGGCUGGGGCAGGAGAAUCACUUGAACCCAGGAGGCAGAGGUUGCAGUGAGCCAAGAUCAUGUGACUGCACUCCAGCCUGGGUGACAGAUCCUGGGCGACAGAGUGAGACUCUGUCUCAAAAAAAAUAAAAUAAAGGCUAUGAGAAGAAAAGAAACUUUCCUGGUAUAGUGUCCUUCUCUAGACCUCAUGUCUUAUAGUCUCUGUAAAACUGAGUCGACGAUAGAUUUUUUUUCUGUGCUUUAUAUGAUGACUUUAAAUCUACGACCUCACACAAAUCUGUAACUUCAUGUAUCACAGUCUCUAUAAAACUGUAUCAAAGAAAGAAUUUUUCUCUGUGCUUUACAGAGAGGCUCACCCAGAUCUGUAAAGAAAUUAGAACAAUUUUAGACCUUUCAAUAUCCAGUAUUUCAUAUCUGGUCAAAUCUGAUACUUUCAAAACUCAAUAGAUCUAUUUCAGAUAUCUUUGAUGGUUGUAACAAGAAUCUCAUUCAAUGUUAUCUAAAGACUAUAGUUAAAGAAAACUAAGACACUAUUCAGUUGGGGCACAAUAAAACCACCUUAUAAUCACCACUCAUCCUUCCUUUACUGAUCAUGCUUUCGCCAUGUUUCAAUGGUUCAGAGACAUUCUAGAGAAUCCUCUUUUGACAGUAAAGUGGGAUCAAGAGACCCCAACUCCAUCUUCAGUCUCAAUGACCCUUUAGAAGACAUGGAACUCAGAAAAAUGUUAUGCUCACAGUUACAACUUACUACAUUAAACAGCUACAAAUUGAAACAACAAAGGCAAAAGCGACAUGGACCAGAGUCUGAGACCAAGCAUAGGCUUGGACUUGUGUUCUCCCUUGGGAGUUGCACAGACAUUACCUAAUUCUCCCACUAACAAUGUGUGACACAUGUCAACCAGGGAUGGUCACACGAACUUUAGUGUCUAGUGUUUUUAUUAGAGGGCAGUCACAUAGGAAAGGAGUGCUCACGCGGCUGAUCUUAUUUACUCAGACUCCUGCGCCUUCAGACGUCAAACUGGUGAGGCAUAUCCUAAGAUUUCCACCAUAAAUCACAUUUUUAGCAGAAAGUAUCUGGUAUGGUCCAAGCCCUCGACAUGUCCAGAAUAUUCUUAUAAGGCAGGUUGUUCUAAGGGCAUAUUGGUUAUAUCCCAAGAAUCAGUUGAGGGCCAGACCUUUCUUACAAAAUUAACCUUUAUUAGACAGUGUGAAAGAAUGAAGAAGGUGACAACAUGUCAAAGACAAAAUAAAGAUUUUUAUUGUCUUA